AUGUUAAAUAAAUCAAUAAAAGUAACAAAAAAAGUGAUUAUCAUAAAUCAAAAAACUGGGACUAUAAGUGAGAAUACAAGUAUAAUAAAUAGAGAACCAUUGAAAAAUGGUAUAGAAGUAGAGAGGAGUGAUCAAAAGAAUUCAAAUUAGAGAUUGAUUACUAAUGAAUUAGGCGAAUAGAAGUGUGAUUUGAGACAGUUACAGGAGAUGUUGAACAUAUAUUUAAAAAACAAUUAGAAGAUUAAAGAGAUUAAAUCGAUAGUAGAUGCAUUAAAAAAUAGAACCAACAAAUUGGAAUAACAGUUAAAACAGUAGGAGAUGAAGUAUAAAGAGAAGAGAGUGAGAAGAACAUCUACUUAAAUAGAAAAGAAAUAUAAAUGUUAUGGUAAGAAUUGUGAUAAGAGUUAUGGCUCCAUGGUUUCAUUGAAUUUACAUAUGAGAAUAAAACAUAAAAGGUAGAGAAAUGUUUAGGAAUAAUAAAAAUGA